UCAAAUGCAAAUUGCUGGGCUGAACCCAUUAUUAUUACACCUCCAUGAAUGCUACUAUGUCAUGUCAGCAAUGUGGAAAAGGGGCACGAUAAAAUGCUCUCAGUGUCAGAUAACAUUCACUGCCUUUAAACUAAUACAGCUACACUUGUGGCAAUUUGAAUAUAUGGAAAGACCUUACAAUGGGAGAUCAGUUGGAAGCACAGAUGAGCCAGGAAGGGAAAUGUUGAGUUUGAUAGAGCUGAAACCGAGGCUGUGCCUUUUAGACGUAGACGACUCGCAGCCUUAUUCACAAGGAGGUUCACAAAGAUCUACAGGAACAGAGAAAAACAAGCUGCAGAGAUGAGAGCGACAUCUGCAAACCGUGCCGUUUCCCUGUCAGCUGUUGUGAUGGUGCUGACCUCCGUGGCGCUGCAGGGAGUCCAAGCAGGAGUAGUAAGCGACUUCAACCAUGCAGAGCGCUGCAAGGACUCCCUGUACAUGGGAACCCCACCUAGAGGUUAUCUCAGCAACUCCUUUAAGAAGAUCUGCCAGAGGUACGAGGAUAAACCUCGCUACGCCACAGUGUAUGACCCCCGCAGGCACAUCCCCAUCUUCUCUGCGUACACGUUCAAGAAGUCAGACGGGGAGAAGAAGGUGGACUUCCCCUGGAUGUUUGAGCCUCAGUUGGCAUCAGAGAAGAGCAGCAGCAACAUGGAGCCUUUCCCCCAGUCUACAAGCAUGCACAUGAACUUCGAGGACACCCAGGCCGUCCUCGAAGAUUACGCCGACGUUGUUCAGUACGAACGCGGUCAACUAAACCCCGACGAGCACCAAGCGGACCCUCUGGACAAAGCCUCCACCUACAGCUUGACAAACGUGGUUCCUCAGAUAAGGGAGUUCAACCUGGGUCCAUGGUCCGAACACCAGGACAUCGUCCGCAAACGACUCAACAACUACUGCAGAGGAAAGGCCUACGUCAUCACCGGGGUCACCACGUCCGGACACACGAUCCGCCGCAACAACAUGGACCGGGUGGCCGUGCCGGAGUACAUGUGGUCGGCUUACUGCUGCACGGAGUUCGACCAGAAUGCGCCGUACUUUGUGCGCUACAAGUUCCCCGUGUUUGGGGCAUACGGGCUGAACGACCGCGUCAACAACCAGAUGGUGGAGGUUCCCCUGAAGAACCUGGAGAAGUUCCUCAAAGGGAGGAUGGAUGUGGACAAGAACUUCCAGAUAUUCUAUAACGACUGUGUGCCAGACAACUAGGGAAAUUGAUGUAAUAGUAGCUUUUAAGUGCGUUAUUAAUUUAGGAGUUAAUUUUAAGAAUAAGUCAGCGAUUGACAUGCUUGGAAUUUAAUGGUUUGAGAAACUCUGUCCCAUUUUGGAUACAUUUUAAUUUGAUGUUUUGCCCCAUUGUUUUACUUAGUAGUAUAUAUUCUGUUUAUCCCAAUUCUUUGAUCAAAUAAAUGAUAGAAAUAUGGAAAAGUAUAACAUGGUCAAAGACAAGUCUUUGUAUUUGAGAACAGCAUAAAAACAAUGAAUUGUCAUACUUUUACUUCAACAAUAUAUAUUUCAAUUCUAAUAAAGAUCCAAUGUCUACCCAAAAUGCUGGAGAUUAUUAUUUGGCCUAUGAUUACAAUGUAUAAUGUAAAUUAAUUCACGUAAUACAGACAGUUUUGAUUUUGAA